AAUUGAGGCGUCGCGCGCAGAGGUGACCUGUCCACCGGUCAUGGCACAGAGUAAUAAUUUCUUCUUCUCGCUCUUUAAUUACAAGACUGAGAAGUUUUUCAUCGCCAGCAAUAAGAAAGUCGGAGUGAUAUUCAGACUCUUUCAGCUCGGAGUGAUCGCAUACUUAAUCGGGUGGGUUUUUAUAUGGAAGAAAGGGUACCAAGAAAGAGAAGAGUCGAUCCAGAGCUCCGUGUUUACAAAACUUAAAGGUGUUGCUUUUAUCAACAGCACAGAAUUAGACAUCCACAUAUGGGGUGCUGAGGAUUACGUCAUACCUUCUCAGGGGGACAGAGUCUUCUUUAUUGUGACAAAUUACCUUGAGACUCCAAACCAAAGACUGGGCCAGUGCGCUGAGAGUCCAAAGGUCCCGGAUGGCGUGUGUUUAAAUGAUGAAGACUGCACAGAGGGAGACGCGGUUAUAGCUGGACACGGUUUGAAGACGGGCCGCUGUUUAAAUGAGACAAACACUUGUGAGAUUUACGGCUGGUGUCCUGUUGAACACGGUCCUACACCAUCAGAGCCGAUGCUGGGAAAAGCAGAAAACUUUACCCUCUACAUCAGGAACUUCAUACGAUUUCCAAAGUUUGAGUUCUCCAAAUCUAACAUUCUGCCAGCUGUGAAUCACUCCUAUCUGAAGACGUGCUACUAUGACAGAAUCAACAAUCCUUAUUGCCCCAUGUUCAGAGUGGGCGAUCUGGUCAACUCAACCGGUCACAGCUUCCAAGAAAUGGCUGUUAAGGGUGGAGCCAUUGGAAUAGCAAUCGAGUGGAAUUGUGAUUUAGAUAAAGACUCUUCUCUGUGCAACCCUGAGUACAGCUUCACUCGCCUCGACACCAAUAAAGUCGCCAACAACUCGGGAUACAACUUCAGAUUUGCUCGGUAUUAUAGAGACACAGAAGGACAGACUUAUCGCUCUUUGUUUAAAGUCUAUGGUAUUCGAUUUGAUAUCAUGGUUAUUGGAGAGGCAGGAAAAUUCAGUAUUGUACCCACCCUGGUGAAAAUCGGGUCUGGAGUUGCUUUAAUGGGCGCUGGUGUGUUUGUCUGUGACAUUCUCCUGCUCUACAUAAUGAGUGGAAGCUCCUUCUACAGGCAGAGGAAAUUUGAAACCAUUGUAAAGAAAGGAGAAAGAAGGUCCAGAGACGCGAGGCCAACCAGACACCAUCGACACGCUGAAGACAGACACCGGAAUAAAGACAAACUGGAUGUAGAGAAACAGCAGCUGUCGGCCUCGUCUUCUCAAAGUCAAGACAGACAGAAAGCUGAAAACAGUCAUGAACACAAACAACAUAAACAGCACAAACAACACAAUGCUGCAGCAUCCAGAUCUCACCGCAGUCCUGAACGAAGGGUUCAUAUUUCCUCCUCCAGGACACGCAAAUGAACACGCGGACGAAUACAUCAUGUUAAGAGCGAAUGGGUAGAGCAUUCUGGGAACUACACUGUGGUUUGAGGGUAAAAGAACAGACACUAAUUGUAUAUGCUAGUUGUUACAGACGAUACAACAAACACUCCCAACCAGUAUUAUUCUAGUUUUAAUUUUUUGUAUUUUUUGUUUGCUUUAGUGUUGCUUCAAUAGUUUUUGUUUGUUUAUAUUUUUUAAAAUGUUUACUGAGUUUUUUUUAAAUUUAUUUUAACUUUAUUUAUUUCAGCUUCAUGGAUAAAACUGAAAGCUGUGGAGUAUUUAAGUAUCUAAUAUUUACGAACCCGCCCUGAUGGGCAAUGUGUAGCACAUCUCAGGAAAUUGAGUUUAUCUCAUUAUUUUUAAUAUUAUUUUAGGAAAUUGGCAUUUUUAAAUGGCAGAACAUUAUAUUAUAUAGCCAACAGGCCGGUAUCAUUGAAAUAUCAACGUUAAUAUCUAUGCUGUUAAUAAAGACGGGACGUCAGUUGAUUCUGGGAGUGGCGUUGAGUUUUAAGGUAGUUUUUCCCAUAAGGAUGUAUGGAAACCCUGUUAAUGCUUUCUGUGGUCCCGUGGAACUACAUAUAUUUUAGGCUAAUGUGAAAUAAUGGGGUUAUUUUUAACACUUAUACACUAAAAAUAACAAGUGUAAUAUAAAACACUAAAACACAAUAAAAAAAGUUACAAUCAAUAAAAUACAAUAAAACCUGU